UGCGUACACGUCACAAUCAUGAUUAGAAUUGAUGAUCGGACAUUCUGAUUUCAUUGUCUAGCAAAGGGGACUGGUGAAGAAAUCUGCUGAUUUGGAACGUUCGUCUGAUUUUGACAUCAAAAAUGGGUUUAUCUGUAAACCAAGUUUCCCAUCAGGGACAAUAAGCAAAUGACUGGACUGUUUAACUGAGAAUCACAUGACCGUGUAGUGUGCCAGACACACUGAGACAAAAUGAGCACAUCCAAAACAGUGCUGUCGUAGAAAUAUGGAGGUGUUGCUGUGAUCUGCAUGGCUGCCCCGUUCCCCUCCAGUAGCAGAAUGGAUGCGUGGCCACAAAGACGUGGCCUGCAGACAAUGAACCUGCGGUCAGUGUUUACAGCUGAACAGCAGAGGAUCCUGGAACGUUACUAUGAGAAUGGGAUGACCAAUCAGAGCAAGGCUUGCUUCCAGCUAAUACUGCAAUGUGCUCAGGAGGCCAAACUGGACUUCAGCGUUGUCCGGACAUGGGUUGGCAACAAAAGACGCAAGCUUGCCUCCAAAGCUGACCAAAAUGGAAGCGCAUCUCAUUCCUUAUCUAGUCACGGAAUAGUCGGAGGGCUACUCUCCAAUCACACAUUAGCUGGAGGUGCGCUGUCCAAUCACAGCCUGGCGUCAGGGGCGCUACUUCCUGCUGAUGUGGCUGCUGCACGAACCAUCCAGAACCGUGUGCACCUUCUCCCUCCAUCCUCAUCCUUCCCAUCUUUCUCGUCAGCAUCUUCCUCCCCUUCAUCUUCCUCUCCGCUCAGCAGCGGAAGCAACAACAACAACAACAAUAAUGAUGUGAUACUGACCGGGAUCUACUCUCUGAACUCCGUCCCUCGCCCCAGACCAAGACCCACAGCCCCCUUGUCCCAGUCAGACUCAGAGCUUUCAGUCCAGACAUCGUCUUCAUCUCGGAUCAACCAGGAGCUGCAGGGUAGGAACACUUCCACGUCCUCAUCCGUCCACUCCAAAUUAGUGUCCCUCACUCAGAAUCUCCCAUCCCUCACAUCUGCCUCAGGACCUUUAGUCUACACUGCAGUCAGGAAGGGCACUUUAUCCAUUGGGGAGGGGGGAGUAAGUGCAGGGGCAGGGGUAGUACCUCACAGCUGGACUAGACAGUAUGGUACAGCGCAAACUCGGCCUUGGCCCUCUUCCUCACAACCCCAGGCUCAGCUUCAGUCCAGACCUCACUCCAACCCUCAACCUCAACCGCCUGCUCCACAAAAGCCUCGGGCCUCCCUCCCUGUCCAGAACUGCACCCCCUCCUCUGAACAAACACCUCGCAUUCAGCAAGUCUUCACUUUGACAGAAAAGGGCGAGGAGGAGCAACUCAGAUCCAGACAAGCUCCUGCUCGUAGAAGCCAAGAGACCCACAGAUCAGCACCUCUGGGCACCAUUCACAAUUUCUCAAUUGCCAUGGAAACUGGAGACGAAGAAGAUGAGUGGCAAAGGGAAGAGGAGUUGGCAAAUAUGGCCGCCCAAACACACAUCCACAGGGAGCAGACAGCCAGCCCGGCCGGGGCCGAGGUGUCAGGGGUGAGGGGAAGCCGCAGUCCUCCGAUGACUGGCUCCAGACCUGCAUUGCUCCACAGCAAUGCAACACUUCAGGGCAGCUACUCGCUUACAGCUCAGACCUCACUCAUAGGGGAGCCCAGUUCUCAGACUUCACUUGCCGUAUCUGCAGCCCCCUGGGUUAUCAGCAACUCCAGGAAAAGAACACUGCAGGAUCGGACUCAGUUCAGUGAUGGGGAUCUCGUCCAACUGAAGCGCUACUGGGACCGGGGCAUGACCAGCCUGGGCUCAGUAUGCAGAGAGAAGAUCACUGCUGCAGCCAACCAACUCAACGUAGACACUGAAAUAGUCAAGACAUGGAUCAGCAACAGACGCAGGAAGUACCGUCUGAUGGGUAUUGAAAUCCCUCCUCCUAAAGGUGGACCUGCUGUAUUCACUAACACAUCCCCAGGAAACGAGUCUCCGGUGGGCCUCAGCCCUGACGGGGAGCGGCUCAGAACGCCUGAACUGGGGGAUGAAUUGAAUGACGGGGGAUCUGUGUGCCUGUCUGAGGAUGGGACCAUCGAUUCACAACAGAGAGAUGGAGAUGAUGGAACAGAUGUGUCCACUGCUGCUCCACUGGCCAAUAAUGUGAAGAUUGAAGUCAUUGAUGAGGAUGAAGAGGCUUAUUAUGAUGAUGACGAUGGUGAAUUGGUGGCUUCAGACCUAGAGCAAAUGCAGAGCCUGUUGGAAUUCAAGCAUGAGGAAGUGCAGUUCUUAGAGAAUGAGCUAGAGAACCAAAAACAAAAAUACCAGGAUCUCGCAAAUUUCACAAAGAGCCUGCUCAGUGCUGUGAGGAAUAAUGACCGGGAGAGACAGCAGGAACUCUUGGCUAGUCUACCUCAGCCAUCAGACCAGGACUGGGACGUGACCAUGGAGAGAGGAGCCCAGGUGUUCGCAUCGCCCAACUACGCCGACCCACUGACAGACGGCAUGGGCUCCAUAGAUCCUUCACAGGCCCAAGCGAAGGAAGAAUUCCUGCUGGUCACUGUGAACAAAGGUGACACAGCGACUGAGGUUACUGAGCCCUCUGCAUCAGAGGAGCAGCUGCAGGAAGCAGCAUCAGAACAAAAGUGACUGUCUACAACAGCGAACAAACACACUCUUACAGAUGUUUUCACACUCCACUCAGAGGCAGAUUUUACACGAGACUGUGAGGUCUAACAGUUACACAAUCACUCUGGUAAAUUCGUACUCCAUGCACAGUGCCUGUGGAUUGAUGCUUCACUAUGACUGUUGGGAUUGAUGGAUGCCUUUUUUUUUACUGCAUAUCAUUCGCCUUGCUCUGGUCCAGUCCAGAGAAACAAUAAAUGACCUCUAACUUAA